GAACCUAUGACUUGUGUGAAGUGUUUCCUGGUUCCCAUUUAAACAUGAUUGUUGGUGCUAAUGGAACAGGGAAAUCCAGCAUUGUUUGUGCAAUUUGCCUUGGAUUGGCUGGGAAGACCUCCUUUAUUGGUCGAGCAGACAAGGUACGUAGACUUUGUUCAUACAAGGUGGAGCCUGCCGUCCAAAGUAAAAUAAAAAUUUAAAUUAAAAUCAAUUCUUAUUUAUAAAUGAUUUAGCAGAGUAGAGGAAAGCUGCAAAUUUGAGGAGUUAGCAGCCAGUUUAAGACACACACACACCAUCAUGCACAAUGGUACAAAUUGACAGCAUUCUUUUUGCAUGCUAUGUUAGAAGCCAAUCCAUAGAAGAGUAUAUCCAGCUGUCAGUUGGCACUGUACAUAUUGUACAUGUUACGUAUAAUGUGUAUGCUUAUUGGUACUAUCAAUGGGAAAUCAAUUUCCUCCUUUUGUCUCCACUCACAGUACAAAUGGGUUGGAGAUUUAAAUCUUGGAAGGCACUUGAGAAUAUAGAAUACAAAACAAUACAUUAAAAGGAUAAGAUUAAGAGAAAUUGAUUAUACAUAUCAGGAAUCUUAACCCUUUCCUAAUUCUGGUAAUACAUAGGUUAAACUUUAUAUUAAUAUAAAACCAAAGGCUAUUUGGGGAUAGAGCUAAAAAUCUACAAAAAACAAUAUAUGUACAGUAGUUGAAAAUAAUUAUGGCAUGAAUGUCAGAAACAAUUUUAAAAGCUCUCACAAAAUGUAAAGCAAUAAUAAGCUGCAGAGUGCCUUACUAAUAUGUUAUGGGGCUAGAUGCAACCAAACAGAAACAUAGAAACAUAGAAUGUGAUGGCAGUUAAGAACCAUUCGGCCCAUCUAGUCUGCCCAAUUUUCUAAAUACUUUCAUUAGUCCCUAGUCUUAUCUUAUAGUUAGGAUAGCCUUAUGCCUAUCCCACGCAUGCUUAAACUCCUUUUACUGUGUUAACCUCUACCACUUCAGCUGGAAGGCUAUUCCAUGCAUCCACUACCCUCUCAGUAAAGUAAUACUUCCUGAUAUUAUUUUAAACCUUUGUCCCUCUAAUUUAAGACUAUGUCCUCUUGUUGUGGUAGUUUUUCUUCUUUUAAAUAUAGUCUCCUCCUUUACUGUGUUGAUUCCCUUUAUAUAUUUAAAUGUUUCUAUCAUAUCCCCCCUGUCUCGUCUUUCCUCCAAGCUAUACAUGUUGAGAUCCUUUAACCUUUCCUGGUAAGUUUUAUCCCACAAUCCAUGAACCAGUUUAGUAGCCCUUCUCUGAGCCCUCUCUAAGGUAUCAAUAUCCUUCUGAAGAUACGGUCUCCAGUACUGUGUACAAUACUCCAAGUGAGGUCUCACCAGUGUUCUGUACAAUGGCAUGAGCACUUCCCUCUUUCUACUGCUAAUACCUCUCCCUAUACAACCAAGCAUUCUGCUAGCAUUUCCUGCUGCUCUAUUACAUUGUCUGCCUACCUUUAAGUCAUCAGAAAUAAUCACCCCUAAAUCCCUUUCCUCAUAUGUUGAGGUUAGGACUCUAUCAAAUAUUCUGUACUCUGCCCUUGGGUUUUUACGUCCAAGAUGCAUUAUCUUGCACUUAUCCACAUUAAAUGUCAGUUGCCACAAUUCUGACCAUUUUUCUAGUUUACCUAAAUCAUUUGUCAUUUGGCUUAUCCCUCCUCGAACAUCAUCCCUGUUACAUAUCUUAGUAUCAUCAGCAAAAAGAAAUACCUUACCAUCAAGACCUUCUGCAAUAUCACUAAUAAAACAGUCAGUCAGUCAAAGGGAAUAACCUUUCCAACUACUUUCAGUAACUCCAGCAGUAAAGCAAAGCUAAAAGUAUUUUAUUGGUACAAUAUAUUCAAACAACGCGUUUAUAGGUAAAUUUUAAAUAUCCCAUAAGUUUUAAAAUAUACAAGAGUGUUUGGUAAAUAAGGUUAUUUAAAGAAAAUCUAAUUCAAUAAAUAUUGAUAAGCUAAAGCUUAUAUAUAAAUUGUAUAUAUCACAUAUUGGAGAAAAAAAAAUGAUCCACAGAUAUAUUGGGCAAAUACAUGUUCUGUUGAAACAAAGGACAAAGUGGAACACGUGUAUAAUACUGUUGGAAUGCACAUGUGAUGAAUGUAUAGAAGAAUAGAAUGUAAUGAAUUAGAUCCAGCUGAAGGAGUGAGGUGACCCUAUUUAAAAGAAAAGGUGGAAGACCGAAUGAACCGCUCGAAGGAAGUGUUAGCCAACCACUGAGGCACAAAUUAAAAUGGAGGUCUAGAAUUAUUUAAAGAAUGAAUCUUGCCGGAGGGAUUAGAGCACAAUUGGUUCUGCCUUUUCUUGCGAAUAUGCUUUUAAUGUAACUUGUGGUCCCUGAAAAAGUCCUAAUCGGAAGAGAUGCAUUGGACCAAGAUUCUUUUGUUUGAAUACAUUAUUGUGCCAAUAAAUACUUUUAGCUAUACUGUUGUAUCCUGCUGGAGUUCCUGAGAGCGGUAAGAGAGGUUAUUUCACCAGGC